AAAGAAAAGACAAACUUCCACACACUAGUAAUUCUUUUUUUUUUGGACGCCGGCGACUCUUCAAAGCCAAAGUUUACCAGUCAAAUUGCAUAAUAAUAAGACACGCUUACGCAACAACGAUAUCAUUGGUAAUAGAACCGACUCUUUGUUGAUCUUCUGUCCAAACUAAAAAAAACUACCUCUUCUUCCAGCGCCAACGCCCGCCUCUGACUUUGUGCUUUCUUCUCUAUCUGAUCACCCCAGCUAUUGUAAUCCUCUUUUUUCUUCCACAAAACUGAUUCUUUUAAGUUGUAACUCUGUUAUCAAAGCAAAUAGACUUUAAGGCUAACUUCGUUUUAGCAGCUUUAGUGUCUAUUUCAUCUGGGUUGCUGAUUUGCUAGCAAGAAAAAGGAGAGAAUGGUCCAAAUCAAGGAAUUUUUUGAUGGGGUUUUUCCUGUGAAGCCGAAUUGUCAUGCCAAUAUCAUUGGAAGAGUAUCAGAUAGCCCAGAUGUAUAUGGUAAUGAAGAUGCAGCAAGAGACUACAACUAGUACAGAGGGUGUUGAGGUGUUGGAGAAUAGGCCCUUGGAAGAUGAUGUAUUUGGAGAGUGUCAGUACACAUCCAAAGUUUAUCGCUUGCAGAGCAAAGCGCCUACUUGGCUUACAGCUUUUGCACCAGCUGAUGCUCUCAUCAUGCAAGAAGAAGCUUGGAAUGCAUACCCAAGAUGCAAAACAGUAAUCAAGUGCCCAUACUUCACCAAGUUUUCCUUAACUGUGGAAACUAUUCAUAGGGAUGACAACGGUCAGUCAGAAAAUGUACAUGGUUUAUCGAAAGAGCAACUAGCAUCCAGACAGGUUGAAUAUAUUGAUAUAGCUUCAGCUGCUACAGAUUAUUGGAGCUAUGCUAUUGGUAGUAACAGUAUAGACUUCUCUAAAUUCAAAUCUUUAAGAACUGGCCGUGGUCCACUUUUGGAUGGAUGGCAGGAUAGGUGUAAACCUGUGAUGACAGCAUACAAAUUGGUAACAAUUGAUGCACCAUACUGGGGUUUUGGUUAUCGACUUGAACAGGCUUUACUAGCGGGUGAAAGGGCUCUUUUUCUAGAGAGUCAUCGGAAUUGUUUUGGUUGGAUUGACGAAUGGUUUGGGAUGUCAAUGCAACAAUUACGUGAACUUGAGUUGCAGAGUAAUUCUUCAUUAAAUAAGAAAAUUGGAAUGACAAGUUCAGAAGGAUUUGAUCAGAGAUUGUGCCUUGACAAGAAAGACACUGACAGCAACAGGUUUCAACUUAAAUCUGAGAAGCAUGAACUUGCUGUCGAUACUUAAACGGUGGAAGAUUGAGUUGACAUGGGCAGAUCUGUUAGGCAGCAAAAGGGAUGGUGAAUCACCACCAUAUUGCAAUUGCUAUGAUGAUUAUUUAUUUUGAGAAGUGAUAACUUGGUCAUCCUUUGCAGAUAUUGUAAAUUGAUACAUGAACAUGAUUCUUUUUGGAGGCCAUAGUUAUGCCAUAUGUAUACCAGCAACAUUCUUUACAGGAAGUUUUUGAAAUUUCCUGUGCAAUUUCAAUCAUAAAUUCAUAGUUUUUCA